AUGUUUUGUCAUGUUUAUACAGAACAUAUUGAGCGUUUUCCAUGCAAAUGUUUUUCCCAAGCCCAAAAGGCAUUUAAGUAUGCUUUCUGUGCCCAUUUCUAGGAGGAUACUCCACAAUCUGCCUUUCAAUCUUUCUCUCUUUCUCUCUUUCCAUCAUGAAGAACAUCUCUAUCGAGCUAUUCAUGUCGCACUGCAGUGCAGGUAGUGCUGGCGCUAACAGAGCAUUCUCUUACCGUUUUACAAGAAAGAGCAAUCAAACACGACUUUCUUUCCCCAACCUAACAAGAACUUCCUAUCGGUUUAAAAGUUGUUCAGCAACUUUGUCAUUAAUGGUGGUGAUGGAAGAGAAGCCAAAGUUUGACGCCGACAAAGCAGCUUCACUCGUUAAGGAGCUCAGGAAGAGCUUUAACUCCGGCAGGACAAGGAGCUAUGAAUGGAGAGUGUCGCAGUUGAAGAGCAUCGAGAAGAUGGUUGAAGAGAAGGAGAAAGAGAUCACCGAAGCACUUCAUAAGGACCUCUCAAAGCCUGCAGUCGAAGCCUUUAUUUCCGAGAUUUCUCAGGUAAAAUCAUCGUGUAAGUCGGCUCUAAAAGAAUUGAGCGGUUGGAUGAUUCCAGAAAAGGUCAAAACUUCACUUACAACAUAUCCAUCAUCAGCAGAAAUCGUGUCAGAACCGUUAGGAGUUGUGUUGGUCAUCUCGACAUGGAACUUUCCUUUCUCGUUAUCUCUCGAUCCGGUCAUUGGAGCUAUUUCAGCUGGAAACGCUGUGGUUCUAAAACCAUCAGAAAUUGCUCCUGCCACAUCAUUACUGCUCUCUAAAUUAGUGGAGGAAUAUUUAGACAAAUCUGCAAUAAGAGUUGUUGAAGGGGCUGUUGAUGAAACUACUGCACUACUUGAGCAGAAGUGGGAUAAGAUACUCUACACAGGCAGUGCAAGGGUCGGGCGCAUCGUGAUGGCUGCGGCUGCAAAGCACCUUACACCUGUGACUCUAGAACUUGGAGGGAAAUGCCCAGCUGUUGUUGAUUCAAACAUCGACUUAAAAGUCGCUGUUAGGAGGAUAAUUGCUGGCAAGUGGGCAUUGAAUAAUGGGCAAGCAUGUAUUGAUGUUGACUAUAUUAUAACAACAAAAGACUUUGCUCCAAAGUUGAUAAAUUCUUUAAAAUAUGAAUUGGAACAAUUUUUUGGGAAAGAUCCACUGCAAUCCAAAGAUAUCUCCCGCAUUGUGAGCUCAUCCCAGUUUGCUCGUCUGGUAAAGAUGUUGGAUGAGGACAAGGUAUCUGAUAAAGUUGUGUUCGGAGGCCAAAGGGAUGAGAGUCAAUUAAGGAUAGCUCCAGCCAUCUUGUUGGACGUCCCAGAGGACUCCCAGAUAAUGCAGGAGGAGAUAUUUGGGCCUUUAAUGCCUAUUCUCACUGUUGAGAACUUGGAAGACAGCUUUGAGGUGAUCAACUCAAAACCGAAGCCCCUUGCUGCAUAUCUCUUCACUAAUGAUGAGCAGCUGAAGAAGGAUUUUGUGCAGAAGAUAUCUUCAGGAGGAAUGCUCAUCAAUGAUACCAUUCUACAUGUUGCAGUAGACGGUUUACCUUUUGGUGGAGUUGGGGAGAGUGGAAUGGGAGCAUACCAUGGCAAAUUCUCUUUCGAUGCUUUUAGCCAUAAGAAGGCAGUUCUAUACAGAAGUUUUACUGGAGAUGCAUCUGUUAGGUACCCACCAUACACGGCUGGAAAACAAAGACUGCUGAAGGCCCUGAUCAGUGGAAACAUAAUUUCCAUAAUACUUGCUUUGAUUGGAAGGUCAAAAGAUUGAAAAGAUAGAUGGGGAUGAGUCACUUUGAAGAUCUGUUUAAUUUCUCCAGUUAUUCUUUUAGGAAUGUUUUUGUAUUUUCUUCAAAUAAUCAAUGGCCAGGUAUAUUCUCUGCAUAAUGAAUACAGUCUGAAGUUCUCUGGCCUGUCAAAUACUUUUUAGGACUAAGUUUAACUUUCAAGCUUCAGUUUUAUGCAAGGUCAGUGUCUUGUAAUCACUGGAAAUUUGUGGAAUUCAAGGCGCUCGUCCUUCUUGUAGUGUGCCAUCAA